AUGAUUCAAGAGUAUGGAGGAAAUGCCCGUGAAGUCAUUGCUCGCCAAUUGGCUCAAGUUAGACUUCAAUGUAUUGCUGUUCCACCACCAAAACCAGUCGGAAAAGAAUUAACCACAGCAGAGAAACACAAACAAAAACUGGAAGAAGCUGAGAAUCCAACCAAACCAACCAUUACUUUGAAGGAUGGAGCAAUGACAAUUUCUGUUCAGUUAGGUUUGGGUGCCGCCGGUGUUCCAAGUUAUUCCUAUGUGAGUGAGACUCUGAACGCCUUGUUCGGAGUGAGUGCAUCCUAUUUUAAGCAGGUUUUGGAGGAUCGUAUUGCCAAGACUAAGGAGGAAAUCAAGAGAGAAGUCGACGAUCCAAACUUUGAUAUUGAAAUUGUUUUUGAUUGGCAAAGUUUCCAAAACGCUGGAAAUAUGGACUCUGCUUUGAAUAAUAUGGCUCGUUGGGAUUGUUGGUACUCCCUUCAAACAUUGCCUCGUGCUUUCAGAUGGGCCAAGUCCGAUUAUCCAGUCACACAUGAACGAUUGAAGAAAUCUCUCAAGAGAGUUGUGUUUUCCAAUGCCGAGGAUGACGGUGUUGAGAAGAGAUAUUGGCACAGCUAUGCCAUGUUGACCAAUGGAACAUUGGAAAUGAGAGGUGUUUACAGAGAAUAUUGGGGUUAUAUUUACAGCUACGAUGUAACACGAGCAGUUGCUUAUGGAUGCAUCCUCGACGAGGCUGAUCAAGCUUUUGAAAAUAAUGAAACUCUAGAUAAUGAGAAAUUGGACAUUUUGAGAAAAUGCUUCCCUCAAUUGGACGAAAUCGAUCAAGAAGCUGUUGAAAUUUGCUUGAAAACAUACUAUAAGGAAGUCAUGUGUAAGAGUAACAAGAAGGAUGAAAAGAAGGAUAAAAAAGAUAAGAAGGAAGAAAAGAAGGAAGAUGAUGACGAAGAUGGAGAUGAACCUAUCCACGAAGAAGAGGAAGGCGAAGAGAAACAAGAAUACAACGAGGACGCACCAUUCCCAGAGACAGUCAUUAAGGCCUACUCGAUCAACAAGACUAACUUUAGAGGACAAGUACAAACUCGUCUCGCUGUUAUUACCAACAAGGCUCUUUACACAUUUGCCUUUGACUACAAGAAGAAGGAACUCAUCAAGAGAAGAGCUCACCGUUAUGUUUAUAACAACAUUUACUCCACUAGAUAUGGCCCUCUCAGAGAAGACAACAUUCAAGUGGUCGGAGGUGCUGCGGGCGCUAUUGCAAACGCUGCUCAAGACUUGAUGAAGGAUUUGUCAAACUAUGGUCUCAAGAUUUAUACCAAUAUCAUUACAUCCAUGAAGGAAAGAAUGACAGAAAAGGCCAUUUCAAAGGCAGCCAUCGGAACUGAAAAGGAACCUGUUGUUGAUAUUCCUGGUUUGCCAAAAUUCAACAGCCCUGGAUUCUUGCUUAGAACAGCUGCCACCAGUUUGUACAAAGACAAGGUUGAUACCCAAGUCAGCGUGAAUGGUCUUCCACAAGCCAAUGUGGCCCAUUCCUUGGAGGUUGCUUCUGAAAUGUUUGACACACUCUCAGAGACUGUUGAAUUGGAUCUUCCAAACUUGCCUAACAUGAAGCUAACUAAUUUGCUUCUUCAAAUUUGUGAAAUUUUGGAGCAGUACAAUGACGAUAUGGAUUUGGAAAUUCCAAGUUCUAUUACCAUCAGUUCUCUCAUCAGAAGUAUCAACCAUGCUGUCUACAACUUGGAACAAUCUGGUAAAACACCUACUCUCGAAUUUGAACAACCAAAGGAGUUGCCCUAUCAAGACAUGAUGGCCUUGUUGAAGGGAGCUUUGGAAAAUUACAAGAAUAAGACUGAAUUUGACAAUACUGCAGUUAAGAAUUUGGCCACUGGUGAGACAUUCCCCAAGUUGCCUGACCUUAUUGAACAAUUGAGCUCUGUUGCAGUUCCUCAUAUCAAAUUUGAUCCAUAUCCACCAGUACUUGUCGCUGCUAUUUUGAAGGCCAUUGCUGGUUACCUUGGUAAAUACAACUUGCCAGGUCUUAACUUGCUUGAAUUGAAGAUUCCAGGUCUAAGUUUACCAGGCUUGCCAAGAAUCAGUUUACCAGGUCCACCAUUGCCAGGAAUUCUUUCCAAACUCAAGCCUCCAAGUGAACCUUCAAGAGAAGAGUUUAUUGUUCAAGUCAACAAUCCAAAUAAGGCGUUGUCUAAGUUCUUGAGUGCUCAAUUCUGUUAUCUGAUCUAUGGUGCGCAAUCGAGUUCAUUGUAUCCUUAUUGGCCUUGGAGUCCAUGGGAAACCAGUUAUAUCUCUGUUCCUGUUUCUGUUGUGUCAAUGAUUUACAACAAAUCAGGAGGAAAAGGAAACAAGGACAAGGCUGAAAAGAAGUAA